AUGCUGAAUAUCUCGUAUAAUCAACUUGAGAUAGAGAAAUACAACAUCUCACAUAUACUCCACUUAACAACACAGUCAAUUAAUAAUCAAAUCGGACCUUUUGGCGUAAAAUAUCUCGCUGAUCUAAUACGAAAGAAUAAACUCACUACUCUUGACUGUUUGAAUAAUUCGAUGAGUGAUACAAGUGUUCAACACUUAACUGAUACCUUUCAAAUCGGAGGCUUUGGAGCGCAAUAUAUCGACAAUCAGAUUGGAGAUCUUGGUGCUCCACAAUCUCUUGCUGAUGCAUUACAGCAUAGCUCGAAACUUAAUCAACUGACUCUACGAUUCAAUGAAAUAGGAGAUCCUGGCGCACGAUCGAUUGCAGCUUUAUUGCAAAAAAAACGAAACACUAACAGCAGUGGACCUACGAUCGAAUAA